UCACAGAGAUUCACCUGCCUCUGCCUCCUGAGGGCUGGGAUUAAAGGUGUGUGCACCACCACUGCCUGGCUAUCUCUUGCUUUCUUUAUGACAUAUUGCAGUUUUUAGUUGCAGUUACUAAUUCUAAUGUAAGUUCCUUGUUGGCUGUUUCAUCAUUGAGGUAGGACUUCAAUAAACAGCUAUUAGGAAAUUGAAUAAGGGGCUGAGAGGUACAGAGGGACUUGGGCCUCCAGCACAGGCAACUGCGAAGAUGGUGCUGUUCACCAAAAUGAGACCACAAGGAUCCACCUAAAAGAGGAGGGUGAUGGAUUUGGCUUUAUACACGCUGAAUGUAAGUUGGCUGGGGAAUUAGUCUAGCACUGAUGCUUCCUGGAUUGUCUAUAAGUACCAAACUUUCCUGCUGUGAUAAAAAUCUGUCUGUCUGUCUGUCUGUCUUUGAGAUAAGGUAGUCCUGGCUGAUCUGGCAUGAACUCUGUAGGCCAGGCUGACCUUGAAUCACAGAGAUCCUCCUGCCUCUGCCUUUUCCUCUGUCUCUGCCUUUUCCUCUAGUCUCUUCAUGCUGAAUUAAAGGCAUGUAUUGCCACGCCCAGCCUCUCCAUUGCUUUUAUAGGACUAUUGAGAGUAUGGGUGAGCUUGAGAGAAGUUAGAUCUUGAUCAGCACAACUUGGGACGGUGAGAGUGUGAACCCUCUUUAACACGGUUGUGCUGUCAGCCGUCAUGCUAUGUGUAGAGCACAGCAGAGUUGCUCUAGAGUGCACUAGCCAAUCUGGAAGACAAACAUGUCUGUGCAUCCACUGGAAGACAAACAUAUCUGUGCAUCCACUGCCUGAUUCGUUCCUUGGGCAGAAGCAAUUAUGCAUUCUGAGUAUGGAUGUGAAGGAAGCAGCCACUGUGCCAGAAGAAAGGAGUGACGUUGUCAUUGACUGGUAGCUGUGAUAACAAUUACAUUUUCAAUUACCUGUCCGUAAAGAUUUUUACCUUACUUGGGUAAUUUGACUUAAUGCAAAUUUAGGGUGUUCAUGGAAAUUUCAGGUCCUCUGGUUCAUCAAACAAAUAGAAACAUUCGUAUCUUAUUUUCAGCUCUCAGGUUUUGAGCAGACAUCAGUCAUCCACACCACCUCCUUCCUCCUGAGUCCUGGUCCUUUUCAACCCAAUACGCUGGGCAGACUUUAACUAAAUCAACUAAAGCUGACUACAUCACGAGAAUGUUUUGGUAUUGGUGAUGGUAAAUCUUAAGUGUCAAGUUGAUCAGAAAAAAAACAAACUGUAUUUGUUUGUGUUUAUGUGUUUAUGUCUGUGUGAAUAAGGCCAGAAGAGGGCGCCAGAAGCUAUCGUUACCUGAAGUUACAGGGUGUUGUAGGCCGGACACAGAAGUGCUCUUACCUAUGGUUCUUGUCUCUCAGCCCUAAAGCUGCAACCUUUGCUAUUUUGUUGUUCUGUCCUAAACUUAAAAGGACCAGCACAACCCUUGGUUUCUUUAGUUCCUCUUAGAAGGAGCACUCUAACUUCUAAUCUUCUUUACUUUGUGUCUGUGCUAAAUUUCUUGGCCUACUUCCCUGUGUGGGCUUCUGUGGCUUAGCAGAAGGGAGUUUUUCUCUCCCUGAUGCCAGAAGACUGCCUGAGAAACGUUGGCUUCGUUGCAUGCAUAUGAAAGAGCAGCUCAUUUUUAGCUGUCUGUUUAGAUUGUUGACUUCUCCUGAGCCACCAAUUAGAGGAGAACACAGACCAUGGGGACAUGGGAGUCUUGCUGUGUGCCCAGGGAUGCCUGCUAGAAUUGAGGAACACAAAGAGGAAGAAGAAGCAAGAAAGAAAAGUGAAGAAAAAGAUGCUGAGGAGAUGAAGCGGCAGAAUUUGCUGUAUGAAAUCGAGAUGAAGAAAAACCUAAGCAAGAAACAGGAAGAGAUAGAUACAAACAGGAAACUGCUUCUUGACAAUAUGCACAAUAAAAACAUCAUCCGAGCUGUAGAACAACAGCAGCAAGAGGAGGAAGACGAAAAGAUUAGAAAGUUUAUCAAAGCCAAAAAACGUCUUAUACAAAUGAGGAUGGACAAAGAUGCUGAAACACAUAGGCUAAUGGAAGAACGGAGAGAAAGAAUAAAUAAUUUCCUAAGUAAACUAAUAAAAGAGAAACUUGAUACUGAAGAUUUGAUUAUUGCUAGAGAUAUUUCUGAAGCUGAUGCUGAACUGGAGAAAAGAGAAAAAGAAAAACAUGAAAAAAAUCAAGCAGACUUGAAAGCAAUUGCAGAAUAUAGAGCCUCUGUGAUGAAAAAUAAAGAGGAAGAAGAAAGACAAAGGAAAAUAGAGGCUAAGGAACAAUUGCAGGCUGUCUUGAAGGCAGAUAAGAUCUUCCAGGAGCUUGAAAAGGAGAAAAGCCUCAAAGUGACCAGAGAGAAACUGGAAAUUCAGGAUGCUCACAUUCAGCAAAUAGCCAUAAAUAAAUAUAAUGCAAAACAAAUGAAGGAAGAAGAAUUAGAUUAUUGGAGACUUACUGACGCCCUUACAGUUGAGAAGGAGAAAGAAUUUGAGAAGUAUGCUAGAGAAGUAAUUAACUUUGAAUCUGAAUCAACAAAGAAAUACGCCUACCCUAUGGUAAAAGCUGUGCAGGAAGGAGUGGGAGGUGGACGUGGACCACCCUUUGUAGGCAGAGGUGGGAUAAGGCCAAGCUAUCAGGCAACUGAUGCCACUGGGGUCCAGCUCCCUUGUUUUAAAAGUCAAGGAUCAAAGUAUAAUGAUUUUCAGAAGUCGAAGAGAAGGCUAGGUUUUACUUGGUAAAAAAGGUCAUAUUUUGAUUAAUAAAAUUUACUGUAAUGAGCUACAAAUAUAAUGGAAUUUCUGAUAAUAAAGAGACUACUUAUGUGUUGCCUGGUUUGAUUCUUUGCAGUAUCUAAGUACACAUAACAGCACCUGUACAUGUGUGUGUGUGUGUAUUCCUGAGAACAGCCUUGUUUCUUACACUGCAUCCAUCUUUUUUAGAAAGCUGGAUGUCUCAGUGGCCUGGAACUCAACAAGCAGGCUGGCCAGUGAGACCUAGGGAUCUGCCUAUGCCUACCUCCUCAGCUCUGGGAUUACAACUCUGUACCACCACACUCGUUAGUUUUCUUUAAUAUGGCUCUGAGGUCAAAGUCAGCUCCUCACCUUAUUGACUGGGCUAUAUACUCAGUCACACAAUGUCAGUUUCAUUUAAAAUGUUCUCAGUAGGAUGAAGUGCACCCACAGGAUUGUAUAGUCAUGACCUUGAACCUAUUGGGCAGUACCUCCCCAUUUUCCCCUCCACACAGCCUCUGCUUUGUCUCAGCCCUAUACUAGUUAUUCUAUAAGAAUGCAGCCAUGCUGUGGACUUCAGUGAAUUUCUGUGUUGUGUACCAUGUUGCCAGUACUUUGUUCUUAUGGCUGAACCAGAGAGAAUACUUUCCUCAACAGAAACCCAUGUGUGUAUUCAAUUUGUCAUUCAGUUGUUUCAAUUGUUCAAAACUUCAUUGUUACUAAAUGCUUUGUAUAGUU